AUGGGAAAUACUGAUUCAAAAGUUGAUUUUCGUGUAGCUGUUGUGCAAUUAACAUCUCGUAGUCAGCAAAUCGAAGCAAACGAUGAAUCAUUUUGGGAUCAAUUUUGGUCGGAUAAGAUUUCAAGCGUUCAAGAUAUAUUUGCUUUAGUACCAGCUGCUGAAAUACGUGCAUUACGUGAAGAAUUGCCAUCAAAUUUAGCUACAUUGUGCAAUAAACUUGUGGAUCGUUUACAAUUAGCUACAGAACAUUCAUGUCAAACUCAGCGAGAUCAAACAGCUGCCAUUAAUUGUGUUCGAUUAUUAACUCGUCUAUUACCGUAUAUAUUUGAAGAACCUGAAUGGCGAGGUUUUUUCUGGUCGGAUAUUCCAACAGGUCAACAGCAGACAACAUCAAAUGGAGAAUAUGUUAGUAAACCACCAUUAGCCGAACGACUACUUCAAACAUUAGCAGAUCUAUUAUUUUGUCCGGACUUCACAGUUGCAUCCAAGAAGAAGAAAGGACCAGAAAAUCCUGAAGAUAUUCAAACUAUUGAUAGUUGUGAAUAUAUUUGGGAAGCCGGUGUCGGCUUUUCCCAAUCACCUGUUCAUGUACCAAGCAAUGAUAAAAAUCGAACAGAAGUUCUUAAACUUUUACUAACAUGUUUCUCAGAAACAAUAUAUAUGACACCAACACUCGAACAACAUUCCCAUGCGAAUAAAUGGUUAACUUAUUUUACAUCUGGUCAAAAUCGACAAACUCUACCUCUAUUUACAUCAUUAAUAAAUGUAGUAUUUUCCUAUGAUCCAGUUGGUUAUUUGCCGUAUAAUUAUCUAUUAUUUACUGACACGCGUGAACCUCUAGUCGAAGUAGCUGCUCAAUUGUUAUGCAUUACAUUAGAUAAUAGUUCAUUUUUAUCGAAUGAUCAACCAUCAUCACCAACAAGUAAAACGUUUCUAUCGUUACCAGGAGAUGAUUGCCCAAAUUUAUUCAUUAAUUAUUUAUCACGUAUUCAUCGUGAUGAUGAUUUCAAUAUUUUAUUGCGAGGCUUCUGUCGUUUAUUAAAUAAUCCUCUUAUUCAAACAUAUCUACCUGGUUCAUGUAAAAAGAUUGGUUUCUAUCAAGAACUACUUAUUUUAUUUUGGAAAUUUUGCGAUCGAAAUAAGAAAUUUUUAUACUAUGUUCUAAAAUCCAGUGAAGUACUUGAUUUACUCGUACCAAUACUUUAUUUUCUUAAUGAUGCUCGUUCGGAUACAGCCAAAAUUGGUUUAAUGCAUAUUGGUGUAUUUAUUUUACUUCUAUUGAGUGGCGAAAGAAAUUUUGGUGUUCGUUUAAAUAAGCCCUAUGUAACACGAAUACCAAUGGAUAUACCUGUGUUUACAGGAACGCAUGCAGACUUAUUAAUCAUUGUCUUUCAUAAAAUAAUUGUUUCCGCACAUCAACGUUUGCAACCAUUAUAUGAUUGUUUAUUAACAAUAAUAGUCAAUAUUUCACCUUAUCUUAAAACGUUGUCUAUGGUAUCAAGCAAUAAAUUACUUCAUUUACUUGAGGCAUUCAGUUCACCAUGGUUUUUACUAGCAGCGCCGGACAAUCAUCAUCUUGUCUUCUUCCUUCUCGAAGCUUUCAAUAAUCUUAUUCAAUACCAAUUCGAUGGCAAUGCAAAUCUUGUUUACACAAUAAUUCGUAAACGCCAAGUUUUCUUUGCAUUGAGUAAUUUAGCAACCGAUAGUCCAACAAUAGCAAAAUUAAGUACGAAAAAUUCCAAUGCGCCGUCAGCCUCAUCAAAAAAGAAUGUCGAUAGUUCGGAAAGUAAACAAACUAUUUUUCAAACACCAUUAAAAUCAGUCGGUGAUGGUGAACCACAAUUAAAUAAAGAUUUCGCGCAACAACUCAGUUUAAAUUCAGCUGGACUUAUGACUAGUGCUAUGACGACAACGCUUGCUGAAACACCAUCUAUUCAUAAAAUGACUGAACGUACAUUAGCUGCUUCACCGAAUAUGGAAAGCAACCAACGUCAACGUUCUGGUACGAAUAAUGACGGAUCUGCACCACCGAGUCCUUCUGCUUCGCCUUCAUCGCCAACUACAGCAUCGCCAAUGCACUUUCACCAAACAGAUAAUAGUCUCUGGUCACCAACAUCUGAAUGGGUACAAUCAUGGAAAGGAAAAUUACCAUUACAAACCAUCAUGCGUCUUCUACAAGUUUUGGUGCCACAAGUUGAAAAAAUCUGCAUGGAUCGUGGUUUAACUGAUGAAAGUGAAAUAAUUAAAUUUUUACAACAUGGAACGCUAGUGGGUCUAUUACCAGUACCUCAUCCAAUUUUAAUUCGAAAAUAUCAACCGAAUUCUGGUACAGUAAUGUGGUUUCGAACAUACAUGUGGGGCGUUAUUUAUCUCAGGAAUGUUGAUCCACCAAUUUGGUAUGAUACGGAUGUUAAAUUAUUUGAAAUUCAACGUGUUUAA